CAACAGAUGGCGGAUAUUUUAGCGCUUUCGAAAGUUCCUGCUAAUCUGUUGAUUGAAUCCGAGCAAAAAACGCGAAAACAUGAGGAUUUCGAUGACGAGUCAAGGUUCACCAAUGUAUCCGUUCAGAAAAAAGAUCUUGAAGCACCGAAACGCUCGGGUGAACAGUGUGGAGAUCAUGAGCUUUUGAGCGAGCACUCGAGAAUGGUAAAAACUGUAGCAAAUGCUGUUGAUGAACGAAGAGCACUCUGCGGGAAUGCGCAUGCUGAACAUAUGAUAAGAGAACUCUACACGGCCGCACAGAUCAACCGCGGUCCACCGGGUGUGUCGAGUGGCUCUCGUUUGCAUUGGGAUGUUUUGUUGGGACGAGAUGAAACUCUGGACGCUGCUGACUAUUUGAAUUUUGAAGCAGACGCGAAAUUUUGA